GCAGGACCGCGUCCCGGAGCUGCCGAAAGCAGCUAUCGCUUUAUUCAGACGAAACGAUUUCUUAUUUGGUGAAUAUACCAAAGAGAAUCUCUCUGAGCUUUGCUAUCGAGGUUACUCUGCAACCUCAUUUGGGAAUCUGAGUCUGAAACGGGAGGCGACACAUGUCGAAGAGGCUGCCGACACCACGGAGAAAGUGACGGACGGAGCAGAGCCUGAUCAGCGGGAAUUUACAUCGCAUCGCGUCAGUAAAGGAUAUUCCAGGCAGCUGCUUUGGCUCUGCCUUGAUUCCUUUCAGGGUACCGUCAUACAAUAUUGCCUAGAUAAUAUCCCUAACAUUUUCAUAGUACAUUUCACAUAAGGUCGUCUGUAGUGAUCAGGCGGACCCAUGCGUAACAGCGGGAGAUUUUGGAAUACUGCAUAGCCGUUCAACCACCGACUCUUUCAAACAAGGGUUUUUUUUUAUUUUAUUUUAUUUUAUUUGGAGGGAUCUUCAAGCGAGAGAAAACAGCAAGCGGGACUCUUGACUUUGUUUCGGAGGCUAAACGCUGAAAACCCAAAGCGCACUUGGUGCGCAAUCCUUCUGAAGACGCCUCUGAAAUUGCCGACCUGCGCUCUUGCCCUUGACAUAAAUUUGGCAGCAGAGUAGAGAAAAAAGCAAAGCUUAUUAACUUUGCAUGCUAGAGGCUAGAGUGUGGAAUCUAAUUUGCAGGGUUACCGGUAUAUUUGCAUACCAUCGGAAGACGAGGAUAAACUUAAUCAGCAUUUGACAUCGACGAAGCAGCAGCUGGAUUUUGGGGAAACGGAAUGAAUCCUUUUUAAUUUGGCCCGCAGAAGUACGAGACAGAUUGCUCAGUGAAUGCUACAAUCUGCAUGGAGUUCUAGUCUGCACUAAGGAGCAAUUUAUGGUUGGCCUUAGAAGUCCCCCGGCUGUAGUACUGUGCCCACCUCGCCAUGCUGGCCUGUCUGCAGAGGAGGCAGAACCCUCAACCCCAGCACCCGGUGUGUGCCAGCAAGACCCUGGAGCCACCGCAAGCCCUAGGACGGAAAUGUGACCUGGUGGUGCCCACACAUUCACCACGCUACCCAAGUGCGGCAGAACUUGAUGCAUAUGCUCAGAAGACAGCCAACAGUCCACUUUCUAUCAAGAUCUUCCCAACCAACAUCAGGGUUCCCCAGCACAAGCACCUUAACCGGACUGUUAAUGGAUAUGACACCACUGGGCAACGCUACAGUCCCUACCCACAUCUCCACACUGGGGGCUACCAAGGUCUUCUUGCGAUUGUCAAGGCCUCCUCUUCAUCAUCCUCAUCAUCAACAUCCACCUUCUUUCCUUCAAAAGGUGUUCUUAAGAACUCAGAAGGCAGACGGACUAAGCUCUCUCCAGCUCACAUAGCUGUUGCGCCAUACCCACCCCCUAGUAGUAGCACUUUAACAAGUGGUCAUGGCCAAAUGGUAUACCACACUGGGCCCUCAAAGCCUCCAGAAGGCCCCAGACUGUCAGUUCCCCCAAAUGUCACUGUAGCUGGCUCAGUGAUUCCCGUAACAGGGGGCCGAGGCCUGGCCCUGCCUGCACAGUCCAAUCUCCCCUCCAUCCAGAGCAUCAUCUAUCAGAUCAACCAGCAUUGCCAGGCCCAGGCUCUGCAACAGGUGUGUCAAGGGGCUGCCACUGCACCAACAAAUUCUAGCCCCUCCAAGCAGGGCACAGCUGUCAUUGGUGUUCCCUCUAGCUCCUCAGGUGCAGGCUAUGUGGUAGGAAUGGGUCCCCAGGCUAACAUGGUGUACACAGGGCCAGGGCUGCCAACUCAAAAUGCAGAGGCCCUGAAGACCGGUGUGUACGCAGAUGGUAUGGACUACAUCCUUUGGCAAAAUCAGCAACAGCAACAACAACAACAGCAGCAACAACAAGCUGUUCUCCGCAUGUACAGUGGAGGCAGUGGAGGAGGGGGCGCCAUCAGCAAGUCCCCUGAAACCUGUGUUCCAGGAGGUGGUAUUAUGGCAGCCCAAGUGUCCUCCUCUUCCUCUAGACCUUACCACCUGACAGCGAGUGCCAGCGGGGGAGGAGGCGUAGAAAAAGUCAGCUCAUCCCCUUUGAACUGUGUGGGCAUGCAUGGAAAUUUCUCAGUGGGUCAAUACUUUGCACCGCCCUGGAAUAGUGUGCUAGUGACACCCGACAGUGACUGCUACAACCCCCAGGAGCUCAUGGGCACCUCUACAGGAGGGCCAGCGACGGGGCACAGAGAAAUGGGCUACCCUCAUCACCAUCAUCACUACCAUCAUCAUCAUCACCCUGCCAUAGACAGCGGGGGAGGUCUGUGCUGCAGCCUGCCCAGCAAGAGCUUGUGCAACACAUCAGUGCUGAGCAGCAGCUUGCAGUCUCUGGAAUACCUGAUCAACGACAUCCACCCACCCUGCAUCAAGGAGCAGAUGCUUGGCAAAGGCUACGAGACUGUGUCUGUGCCACGUCUGUUAGACCACCAGCAUGCACACAUCCGCCUCCCUGUUUACAGAUAGAGGGGGAAAGAGAGGAGGAAAAUAAUCAAGAGUUGUGAAUUUAUGAAGAAAAUCAAAGUCAAAGAACACAGAUUUUUGUGGGGUACAGAAUUGUUGCGAGUGCCACUGCUUUAACUUGCGUGGGAGCUUUGAGAACAGCAGUUGCUGUGCUGUGUGACCCUGGAUUUGAUGGUUUCAAGACAGGCUGUGGGGAUCCCAAACACAAGAUUUGGUAGUUAUAGCCAGUGGGAAAGAAAAGGGAUUUCAAGAUUCUCCUGAUGUUCCAUUGUGUGGUUUGCCAAUAGGAUUUUUGAAUCGAUUUAUUUUUUCUUGUUUUUUUUUUUUUGUUUUUUUUUUUUCCCACCUUUUGUUCUCUUACUUGGCUUAAACUUGUUUUGAUGAGAAUGAUAGCUUGAAAUGAAGUGCAAAUGCCACUUGUGUCCCCUUUCCAAAUACUAAGGAUGAAGCUACUGUGUAGGUUGUCACUGAAAUGGUCUUCAAGGGCCGAAGUUUAGGACUGCUCUUGAAAUCUAAAACUCUGUAACAGUACACACAAUACACAAAAAUGUACAAAAAAAUGAGAGGAGUAAGAUUAAAAGCAGUACUCGGGUGUUAUAUAAAAGGAUCAUAAGGUUGAAUUUAAAAGGUAGUACAAUAUUAGUUAUUGUUGCUGUUAUAAUUGAUACAUUAAUUGCACUGCUUGAAUUUUGUUAACUUGGAAGUUUGGAAUUGGGUAGUUUGGAUAUGGUAUAUUUAAGAAACUUGAAAAACUUGAACCUAUUUUUUGUUGUUUGAAAUAUUUGUAGGUAUAUUAUAUGUAUUGGCUGCUAUGGGGGAAAGUGUCUCAAAUAUUUCUUUGUCUUUUUUAUUUCAUUAUUUUCAACUUUUUUUUUAAACGAUUGAAUAAUUCCUCCUCAAGCUGAUGUGCAGUCUCUUAUGUCCUGUGUGAGGCAUAGCUGCUGCUUUGGUUCUGUAAGAACCUGUUCAGUGAGCUCUUUUUUUCCCUAACCAACACUGGAAUCUACAAUAAAUCUUGAAAUACUUAUUUAAAAAGAAAAUGUUGCAAAAAAAAAGAGGAAAUUCAAGAAAAAGAAAUGUUACAAUGAAGAAUGUGAUUGGAGGGUUAUCUGUAUAACCUUACAUGUAUGUUAAUGUGUGUGUGGGUGAGUGCAUGUGCGUGUUUGCAUUUUUGUUUUUGUUUUUUUUUUUUGUGUGUGUGUGUGUUUUUUUCAAAAUCCUCAGACUUUUUUUUUUUUAUAUAUAUAUAUAAUGUCAUUACAAGAUGUUUUACCACCAAGACUGACAGACUGAUUCACUAGUCCCAUGUGAGUAAUCUACUGGUGAUCACCUGGUACUCUUGCUCCCUUUUUCUUGGAGGCUUUAGAUUUAGAGCAUGUGGCUCCUUUAUAAGGGUAAUCACAACACCACAGCUUCUUCUGUUAUCAUGAUGGCAGAUAGUAGCGAAAACAAAUUAGAUCAUAUUUUUGGGGUACUGUCCACACAUAAUCUAGUAAACAAAAAUAAAAUGAAAACAAUCAUGCCCUGUCUUCUGGUGCCAGAUGAAAUGAGACCAAGCUCACUGCUUUUCCUCGUCCAUUUCAGCCCCCAGUUGGGAUGCAUUUAGCUCGGGCCAGUCUUAACUUGAUGAUUCAGAGCAGUGAAAUAUUUAUUAUGACUGUGAGAUUCCCUUGAAUGUACUGCACUUAAAUUACUGCAAUGUUUUAUUGCCUUGUGGGACUCAAGUGAAAGAGAAAAAUUGGAUCAGUGCAGCAGUCCUCUGGUCUUAAAUUAGCAUUUCUUUUGUCAGUCAAAUUUCAGUAGUAAAUUGAAUUUUUUAACAGGAGAGAGGGAGAGAGAAGCUUUGUUGUGGGGUAAUACUGGCACCAGUCUAGGUUUUAUGAAGUGCAAUUAUUAUGACUGUAUUAACAUUUUUUUCUCUGAGCUUACACCAAAAAAAUGUAAACUACAGUUGUCAAUACAUUCCCAAUGUACCACAUCCCUUUUUCUUUUUUUUUUUUUUUUUUUUUUUUGAGGUGUAAAAUAAAUUUCUUUAAGAAUAUAUUCAGAAGCCACAUCUUGGCUUUGAAGUCUGUGCUCAUUUUUCCUUAAAAUUUGUCCUCUAGAAGUCAGAGGGGCGUUGGAUCAUUGUUCCAGCAGCUCUGUCGGAUCCUUAAUGGAGCGUGAUCAUUCGCUUGUGAUUAAAAGCUCAUACAUUUUAAUCGAUCACCUUUUGAAUGUUUACUCUUUGGCCAUCCAAAGAUAAAGGACACACAGUGCUGCAGGAAAAAACAAAAUGUUUCCUUUCAAUGCUGAAAACACAUUGGAUCAAGUAAAUAAGAAGUAGAACAGAAGAAGAGGGGGAAAAGAAAAUAAUGGGAAGCAGGAAUUCAUAUUUCUUCAAUUGUUUUCAUUCCACAAAUAGACGACGCUUCCUCUAUGCUAUGAGCCUUAAAUUUUGAGCUAAUGGUGAAAUUAUCAUUGAUGGCUGGCAGAGAUUUCAUCCCUUUGGCUUAAAUGUGCACAGUAAGCCUCCUUAACAUUCCAAUGAAUUUUUUUCAUGUUGUUUCAACAGCCUAACGCUUCAGUCACAGUCUGAUUCCACCAUAUUUUCUGUCUUGUAGAAAUAUUUUGACAGAUUUUCAGAUACAUCCCGUCCCUAAAUCCCUUCCGUUUGGCUUCUGCAUCCAAGCAUUAAACCCUGCCACAUGAUGUUGAAGUGAAGAGGAGACACUUGAGGCAGUGGAGUUUCUAGUGUCUGGCCUUUCCCACCAGUGGAGGUCUGAGGCACCAGGCCUCUCUGCUAAUGGGAAUAUUGGGUGACGUCUGGCUCCUGGACACUGCCAGUGGAUAGUAUUCAUCCAGUCAAAGGAUUGAAAUCAAACCCUUUUCAAAUAGCAAGGGAUUUCCUAUGAGGCACUAAGAGGAAGCUGACCAUUUUGAGGCAAAUCAAAUAAAUAAAUGCAAAAAAGGCCACACAAAUUUAUUAUUUAGCACAAAUGUUGAUUUCAAA